AUGGAAAAACUAUUCAGAAACCAGAAGUUGAAUGUUAGUGUAAGAUUCAUUAAGAAAGGUGAGGACGUACUGUUUUACGCAAAGUAUGUGGCGGAGUCUCUGGGGUACGCAGAUCCGGGAAAAGCAGUUAGGAAACUAGUCAGGAAACAAAAUAAGGUAAGCGUAUACGAGCUACGCAAGGGGGGCGAUUCGCCCCCCUUCGAAAGUGAUCACCCACAGACAAUUCUACUGUACGAACCUGGUUUGUAUCAACUAAUAUUCAACUCAAGACUCCCAAUAGCGGAAGCGUUUCAGGAUUGGGUAUUCAGGGAAGUCCUUCCAUCUAUACGCAAAACGGGCUCAUAUGAGUUACCAGAUAGAAGGUCACUUAGAUAUAACCAAAUGAUUCUUAUAAACGAAACGGACCUUCAUAAUAUAGUUGUGAGUUACAUUAGAGAUAACCACCUAGAGGCUGUAAUAGUACCUGGCUUAGGUGAGUACCAGGACACUGUGCAAAAGAGAUGUGAUGCCUGGAAGAAGGGAUAUAAAGGUGGCCAGCCUGAUCUUAUUAUAGAGAAUCCUAUGGGAAAGUAUAAAGGAUUUGCCAUUGAAUUUAAGUCUCCUAAGGGCACCGGGAUUACAAGUGAGAAGCAAGCAUUAUGGCUUGAAAGACUGAGGAAAAUAGGAUACGCAACAAUGAUAUCGGACGACCUAGUGAAAACUUGUAUUAGAAUUAACGAGUACUUCUCACUCGAGAAAAGGGUAAGGAAAGUUGCAGCGAAAAAUACAGUUUGCGAUGUAAAGCUGUACAGACCAAAGUUCAAAUCACACAAGUACUAG